AUGAAGAGACAGAGAAGAGAGAUGUAUUCAAUGGCAGACAUGGUGGAAGCAGUGGAGGAUGACAACGGGGAGGAAGACAAAGGGAAAGAGAAAGGAAAGAAUGGAAAACAAAAAAGAAAGGGAAAAGGAAUGAUUUCAAUGGCGUCAUUAGAUUUAUGGUGCUCACUGAAGUGUGUUGUUCUGGUGUUCAUCGGACUUCGUUACCGGAGCUGAGAAAUGGUGAGUGAAGAAAAAAAUGCUAGAGGAGAUGAACGUAGAAGAUGGCGUUGGGCUAGGAUAGGGUAGUGGG